GAGAAGUGCCCAGCCGUGUUACUAGAUGAAUGGACACGUUGAGUUUGUUUCGUCUGUUUCGUCUGUUGUGGUCAUCAUUUCUAGUGGGGAUUUUGCAAUACAGAGUUACUGUCAGGGCUGCAUACAGGAAGAAGAAAAAGACAAAAAGGAAAGAAUGAAGACACAUUGUUAUCAUUCCGGCAAAACUGGCAAUACAUCAUUCAAAUAUUGAAGUACAAUUACUUUCAAGCCCUCAAGAAGACGUUUGUAUUGUUGAAGUCAAACUGCUUUCUUUGAUUACUGAGUCAGUUCUGAAUACUUCCAAGUGACCAUGAGUUCUGUGGUUUGAUGGAGUUUAAGGCAAGCUUGCAGUCAAGAACAAAGUGUUGUCAUUAAGAUGUGCCCUCUGCCACGAGUAUCCCAUGACAUCCAAAAUAUUAUCAAAGAAAUGCCGCCAGAGGGGGAGGAGAUAGAAUGCGUGGUAGAGAAGAGGAACCAAGGCAACCGGCACAUUCACAAGCAGAGAACUCACACUUAGCACUCACACUCAGUGUGCAGGCAGGCAGGGGCGAGCGCACACACAGGGACCUGUACACCCAUGGCCUCACACAGGGCUUAACUGGCAGCUGUUGCCUGCUUGUGAAAAGUGCCACUACUCCGGUCAUCGGGGGAGAAAGUCAUUGGAAAACUACAGACUCAGACGAGGAGAAUCUGGACAGGGGUGAGGAGGGGUUUUCUCUGGAGGCAGUGAAGCAGUUGGUGAGUCUUCUUCCUGACACUUGGAUACACUCUACAUGAGACCAAAAGGGAUAGUCUCUGUUACUUGAAUUAUGUUUAGGAGGUGAAGGAGCUGGAUGGAUUCCCUGCCACUAUGAGGCUAAAAGUGUGGGAGUAAGUCAUGGAGUCUGAUGUGUGAGUGAGCAGUGGAGAUGAUUUCCAGCCUCUGUGAAUCUCACCCCCGUGUAGACAUCUACUCUCUGCUGUGAAUGGUACACCUAGAAUGGAACACACACACAGCCUUGAAACAAACAGUUAUCGGAACAACCCCCACAGCCUCUACCUCAAGCAUCACUUCACACACACCACCACAAACCCCUCCGUCCCAUCUCGGCCUUGACAGAGACACCCUGAGAGAGAGAGAGCGAGAGAGAGGCCCAUCAAAAUUCCAGAAUGUUUGUGAAUUUUCGGCGUAUUCGUAAAUGCCAGUGUGUGCAGCUAAUAACCACGUGUCUGGUGCUGUCGGUGGUGAUGGUCUGCUGGGAGCAGCUGGACAGCAGUGUGGUGAGCCACGUCAAGUCCUACUCUUACCGCUACCUGAUCAACCGCUACACCUUCAUCAACAAGAGCUUCACCAUUCCGCGCAAAGAGGCCCUCAGCUUCAGUAACUACCGCUACCGUCUCAACCACCCAGACAAGUGCUCUGGCCAGGACGUCCUCCUCCUGCUCUUUGUCAAAACGUCCCCAGAGAACACAGAGAGGCGACGGGCCAUACGGUCCACCUGGGGCAACGAGACCUACAUCCGCCAGGCCCUGGGGGUGAACGUCAGGGUGGUGUUCGCUUUGGGAGUGCCCCAGUCCAAGCAGCAGCAUCAGGCCCUGGGGGAGAGGAGCAGGCUGGGCCUCCAGGAGACCCUGGUGAGGGAGGACCGGCUUCACGGCGACCUUGUCCAGCAGGACUUUGUGGACACGUUCCACAACCUCACCCUGAAGCUGAUCAUGCAGUUCCGCUGGGCGCACGCCCACUGCGGCCACGCCCGCUUCCUCAUGACGGCGGACGACGACAUCUUCGUCCACAUGCCCAACCUGGUGCGUUACCUGCAGGAAGAGGCCAAGAGGGGCGUGACGGACUUCUGGGUGGGACGCGUGCACAGAGGGGCACCGCCCAUCCGACGCAAGGACAGUAAGUACUACGUCCCAUUCGAAAUGUACCAAUGGACGUCUUACCCGGACUACACGGCGGGUGCCGGGUACGUGGUGUCGAGGGACGUGGCCGACAAAAUCUACCAGGCCUCGCUGACCCUCAACGCCUCCCUCUACAUAGACGAUGUUUUCAUGGGCAUCUGUGCCAACGCCAUGGGAGUUUCGCCCCAGGAACAUGUGUACUUCUCAGGGGAGGGCAAGGCGCCCUAUCACCUCUGCAUCUACGACAAGAUGAUGACCUCGCACGGCCACGUGGCCGACAUCUACCACCUGUGGAAGGCCGCCACGGACCCGCGGGUCAAGAGGGCGGCCUCUGGCCUCAUGGGAAGGCUAUACUGCACAGUGGUGAAGCUCACCCUGCUCUGUAAACCGUACUACUUUAACACCUACCCCUGCAAGGCAGCGUUUUUGUAGUACCCCUAUAUACAUGUACAUGUUUCGGUUCAAAACGUAUGUGGAGAGGGAGUGUUUGUACCCUACUUUCAGCCUGCUUCUCCUCUGCCCCGUUGUAGAUACUGGGAGGAGGAGGGUUAUGUUCAGUGUUGCUGGAGGGUGUGAGAACCACGAGUCCAUACUUUAUCUGUAACUGUUUCUUUUGGUUUGUGCCUGCUUUGCUGACCCAUUGUCUGCCGUGGUCCAUGUCGGGGUUUCAUGGUGUCUUAAGGAAUAGUCCCAUGAGGAAGCAGAGACUGAACAGCAGAUGCUUUUAAGCGAGAUGCUGACCAGACGAUGUCGACAAAUAGGAUUCUAACUGAAUUUCCUUUUUAUCUGACCCAUCUCCUCUAAUUAAAGUGACUAAGGGAAAGUG